GGAAUCAUUCAGCCAUCUAUUUCCACACCUCACACUCGUUUACAGAGGCUGCAGAUGGCAGUCCAGCCAGUCAUGCUGCGACUAGCCAGGCCCGUCAGCGCCCAGUUGCGCAGACGAUUGCUUGCGCAAGCUGCCAUCACUCAGCGGAGAACUUUCGCAGAGAAAAAAGACUCUAUCUCGAGCUCCGAACCAGCUUUUAUGCCUGGAAGCCAAAGUCCUGCGGCUCCUGUCAAGACAGAAGUGCCACUAGGCCCUGGCAGCCCCGGAAGCCCAGCUCCUCGACCGACUCCUGCGACGCCGACUUCUUCCUCGACCAUUCCUCCAGAGAACGUACCAAAGGCGCCGCCUAGUCCGGCACAAGUGCAGACAGCGCCUCCAACCACUCCCUCCACCGUGAGCCCGCCUGAAUCCACUCCGCCGCCUCCCCCCUCCUCGAAGGCAUCGGCCCCGCCUCCGCGACGAUUCCGCCGUCUCAGACUCCUGUUCUACCUUCUCUUACUCGGUGGCUUGAGUUACGGAGGAGCUGUAUUCUACGCUUUGAGGAAUGAUAACUUCCACGACUUUUUCACCGAGUAUAUUCCUUAUGGAGAGGAAGCGGUGCUCUAUUUCGAGGAACGGUCCUUCCAGAAGAGGUUUCCUCAUGCUAAGCAUAACAUACACCGAAUUACCCGGUCUGAUAAGUCAGAUAUCGACGGCAAGACAACCACCAUUCCCCAGAGAUCUGGACUGUCGUGGAGAGCCGUAGAGGAUGAACCAAAGGGCAGUGAUGUGACGCAAAAAGGCAAGCAUAUGAGUGCAUUAGACUCCGGCAAGCCCGUAACAAAGACGGAUGCUACUCAAGCUAAGGGCGACCCUGCUCUUGCGACUCAGAAAGAGAAGAGCGCAGCUGUGGAGACCGCAAAGAGAGAUUCUGCGGCGAAAGAGGCCCCUCUUCCAAAGAGUGCCGAUGCAAGCGGUGGUCAACCGGUCAACCCGGCGCCAGAACAUGCUGUUCCCAGCCCAGCAACACCUAGUCCAAAGUCCGACCCACGACCGCCAGCAAUUCCUCCGGUGACUCAGAUUUCACCGCUAGCAGUCCCCAAUGCCGAUGAACCAGUGGUUCAAGAACUCGUCAAGAUUGUCAACGACCUCAUCACAGUUGUCAACUCCGAUUCUCCCGAUGCAGCGAACAAAUAUUCCGCGCCAAUGACGAAAGCCAAGGAGUCUCUCGAAGUAGUUGCUGGCAAGAUCCAUCAACUCCGAGACGCAGAACAUAAGGCCGCCGAAGAACGAAUCGCACAGGCACACAAGGAGUUCGAUGAAGGUGCCAAACAACUCGUGAGGCGGAUCGAAACAGCUCAAGCGGAAGACGAAGCCAGGUUUCGGGAAGAAUUCGAGGCCGAACGUAGACGUCUCGCACAACUGUACGAGGAAAGACUCAAGAACGAGGUCCAGCGCAGUACUGAGCUUACUGAGCAACGACUUAAGAAUGAGCUUGCUGAGCAGGCCAUCGAGAUGAAACGCGAUUUCGUUGCGCAGAUCAAGACGUUGGUCGAGUCAGAACGAGAGGGCCGUCUGUCUAAACUAUCCGACCUAAGCAACAACGUUGACAACCUGACUCAGCUCACUUCCAAUUGGAAUGGUGUCAUCGAUGCUAACUUGGCAACCCAAAAAUUGCAAGUUGCAGUUGACGCGGUCCGGUCUGCACUCGCUCAAUCCGCUGCUUCGGAUGCGCGACCGAAGGCAUUUGUACGGGAAAUGGCCGCCCUCAAGCUCGUAGCUGAGGGAGACCCGGUCGUUGACGCGGCAAUUGCCUCCGUCAAUCCCGCGGCCUACCAGAAGGGCAUCCCAAGCCAGCCACAGCUAAUUGACCGCUUCCGCCGCGUGGCCAACGAGGUGCGCAAAGCUAGUCUACUGCCUGAAAACGCAGGUGUCGCGUCUCAUGCAGCCAGUUUGCUUUUAUCCAAAGUCCUUUUCAAGAAGCAUGGCCAACCCACUGGCACAGAUGUCGAGAGUAUCUUGACUCGCACCGAGACUUUGUUGGAGGAAGGCGACCUUGACAGCGCGGCAAGAGAGAUGAACACCCUCCAGGGCUGGGCCAAGGUUCUGAGCCAAGAUUGGUUGGGCGAUGUGCGGAAAGUUCUUGAGGUCAGACAGGCGUUGGAUGUCAUUGAGACUGAGGCCAGGUUGCAGUGUCUGCGGGUCGAGUGAAAGCUGUGUCCGCAGCAAGUGGACGCCAGGGUUGUAGAUUAGGGCGAUGUAUGGCUUUUGAACAAACGCUUUCUUGUUUCAACGACGCGAGUUCGAACGGUUAUGGAGAAAGAGAAGUACGGCCGCAAAAUCCAUCGAUGAAAGGCCUCAAGAUGUAUCGAGACUCUUGGCUGAUUCAAUGCAGGAAGGAGGACAUCACACCAGAGUGAGCCAGUUCCUAGGAUGAUUCACGCACCAUUUACUGAGGAAGCUCCCAAGCUGCCUUCCUUCUUGUUUUCCCCUCG